AUGCUCCGUCGUACAUCGUCUCUCUUCGCAUCGCCAUCACCACCGUCUACGAAUGCACAGCAGGAGGUUCUACAAAUUACAUCCGCCUACUCAUUACUGCGUAUGUGUUAUCGCUCUAUCGACAUAAAAGUGAAAUCACGUCAUGCCCGUCAGUUUCUGCAGCGCCGGCUAAUUGAACAAUGGCGAGAACACAGACAUGAAACAGAUCCAGAGAAGCAGCGAUUUCUCAUGGACCACGCCGGCUCAUUUCUACAGGCACUCCACUCCCAACGAAACCCAAAACCAGGAGAAUCCAUUACGUUUCAACUUUCCCGUCGAAAGGCAUAUGAAGAGGCGCAGAAAGUAAAGGCGGAACGUGCAAAGACAGUUCACAAACUUCCACCUGGUGCAAAGCUGAAUUAG